CCAUUUUUGUCAACUUUUAGCUAUAUUAACUUAAAACAAUUUUAAAACCCAUUUAUUCCUUUUUUAUACAAAUUUUAAACAAAGUAAAACAUAUUAUCGUCAUAUCCUUUCUCGCUCUUUUUUUUUCUUUCUUCUUCUCCUCGUCAAAAAUUAGAGUUUCUGUUUGUUUUUUUCUCCAUUUUUCUGUACGAAUUUUAAUGGAAGAAGGUCUUAGAAGAAGUCCGCGUCUAGUGAGGGCUUCGAAUCCAAAAGUUUAUCGAAGAAAUCGAAAGAAGCUUCAAGUUUCGUCUUCUAAUUCUAUGGAUGAAAUUCCAAGUUUUAGUUUGGGUAUCUCACAAAUAUCGGGGGAGAAGAACAAUGAGGAGAAGAACAAUGAGGAAGAAAACAAGAAGCAAAAGAAAGGUAAAAAACGAGUUAAAGAGGUUAAAACAAUGAAGAAAUCGAAAAAAAUAUGUGUUACUUUGGCAUCUACAUCGAAGAAAAUCGUUGACAGUGAUGAUGAUUUUGAGGAUUUACCUCCUCAAUUUCAGUCAAAAAGUUUGAAAAAUAAAGAUGGAUUGGAGAAGAAAAGGCCGGUGAAUGAUGGAAAAACACGAAAUCGUUUACCCAAAAGUGUCAUUCUACCAGAGAGUAGAUAUCCGGAUCGUAAAUUCUGGAAACAUCCUGAUGUUGUGUAUAUUUCGAGUAGGUGGUCAUGUUACACUAAUCAUAGUGUCAUUGAACAAAUCAAACUAUCUUUAUCUGAUAAACAACUUGAGAUGUUUAGGAAUACAUGUUUUGGGUACUUUCUUGACCUUCCAAAAUCGAGCACACAACUACAACUUAUUCAUUGUCUUAUAAAUAGAGAGUUAAAACACACACCGGAUGAUGUGUUUGCUAUUGAAAUAAAUAACAAAAAGUUAUUUUUUGGUCUUAGAGAAUUUGGGAUAGUUACGGGCUUAAAUUGUGUUGGUGAUGGCACAUCUAUCAAUGUUCCCAAUUCUAGAUGUAGUUUGAUGAGUAGUUAUUUUCCGGAAAAAAUCACAGUUCCAAAGAGUCAUCUACGUGCACUGUUUUUAGCUAAAAAAUUCAUAGAUGAUGACUCGGCUGUUUCAUUGGCUGUUCUAUACUUCAUUAAUGAUUUUUUAUUUUCAUAUGAGGACAACGAAUACCAAAUUAGCAAUAGAGAUUUUUACCUUGUGGAAAGUGGAAAAUUCAAUUCAUAUCCGUGGGGUUUAGAUGUCUACAAAAAGUUGUCUGAUUCUGUGAGGCAUGAGCUUAAGUCAACACAUAAGUACUAUAGAAUUGGUGGCUUGCCUCUUGCUCUUCAAAUUUGGAUAUUUGAGUGUUGUUCAAAGGUUGAUGAAGAUAUAGCUAUUCGUGUUGCUGAUUCUAUUCCAAGAAUCUUGAAUUGGAAGACAAUUGCAGAAAGUCCAUGGUUAAAAUAUAUUGAGAAAUGUCUCUUCAUGCCUACAAAAAACAAGUUUGAGAACAUAGUGGCCAGUGAAGAUGAAGUAUCCAAAUUCAGGCUUCCUGAAACUCGUGAUUACCAUGCUGAAAUUUGACCAAUGAAGUCAUAGAAUUGAAAAAAGAGCUUGUAAAAGUGAAUGAAAAUAACAAAGCGCUUGAAGAGAAGAUUGAUUUAGGAUUCAAUCAAAUCAAAGAAUUUGUGGUGAACUCAAACAAACAAUUAUUGGAGGAUAUUUCUUUGCUGUUUGCUAAGAGUGGUGGUAGCAGCUCUGUUAUUCGAGAAGUUAAGGAACCAUCUAAGAAGCAUGCUGGCGAGACAUUUUCAGGUGGAUUAGAUUUUA